CCAUGGAAGCAUAUAAUAACACAUAUGCCUUCCAUAUCAAUCCAAUUCCAGGUCAAGCACUAUGGGAAAAGUCACCAUAUAACAGACCACAAGCACCAAAAUUUAGAAACAAGCCCGGACCACUCAAGAAAAAAAGAAGAAAAGAUGCUGAUGGGGAGCCAAGUGGGAGUAAGAAGUUAAAGACGAAGAUGAAAAGAAUAUAUAAAAAAGGUCGAUGUCGUUGUUGUGGCGAAGCAGAACACACGAGAAGGAACUGUCCAAAGAGGGCUGCUGCCGAAGAGGCUGCUGCAGCUGCAGAAGCUGCAGCUGCAGAAGCUGCUGCUGCAGAGGCUGCCGCUGCACAACCCACUGCUGCUAAUGGUGGUGAAGGUCAGGCCAACUCUGCUGCCCCUGUCCCAGAAGCCCCAACCGAAAUCAAUCUUGACCAAAGUCAACCACCCUCGGAAGCAACUGAUGACUCUCAACAGGUUCUACCCUCACCUGUUAGGCCGCCAAAGCUCCCUUUAAAAAGAAAGUUAGCCAAGGGUUGUGAAAAACCAGCUUCAGGAAGUAACAAUCCACCAGUAACCACCCCACCUGCUGCUACCCCACCAGGAAGUAGUCAUACAUCAAGGAAUCUCCCACCUAACCCUAUGCAAGGUGCAACACAGGGAACUGCUACAAGGCUUGCAAAUUUCAUGAAGUUUGUGCCCAAUCCUGGAUUCAAGGCACCCAGACACAAAAAAUGAAGAUUAAGAUGAUUAUGUUUAGGGAAAGCAAGCUGUUUUUUUGUAUCUAUUUUGCUGAAGUUGUUUACAAUGCUUAAAACAUUGUCCCAGUGUUGGGGAUUUUAGGAAAAGCAGGCUGUUUUUUUGUAUCUAUUUUGCUGAAGUUGUUUACAAUGCCUAAAACAUUGUCCCAGUGUUGGGGAUUUUAGGA